AUGGCCUCAAGAGAUGAAUCCGACCGCAGUCGAGCUGUGUGGCGAUCAUGUUUGGCUGCAGCGUUUAAGACUGGAUUAGCCUGCACUAUAGUUGGUUGCACCACCCUAUACGGACCUGAGGCCAUCAGGCGCGAAAUAGCAUUCCCAGCGUUUUCGUACGUUACGGUUAUCCUUAUAGUGACCGACGCCACAUUAGGUGACACGUUACGUGGAUGUUGGCUCGCCUUCUACGCUUCAUUCCAAGGCGUUUUCCCGGCUAUCCUCAGCCUGUGGUUGAUUGGACCGUCACGACUCACCACGAGCACCACCGCAGCCUUGGUGGCGGUGAGUGCAUGCUUGGUGGUGCUGCCGGAAAACACCCACUUGAUAUCUAAGCGUAUAGCGCUUGGCCAGAUAGUCAUUGUCUAUGUAAUAGGUUUUAUCAAUGGCAUGCACCCUGAGCCCAUUAUGCAUCCUAUCCGUGUGGCUGCAAGCACAGCCCUUGGAGUGGUGGCUUGCGUUUUGGCCCUUUUGUUCCCCUAUCGAAGCCUGGCAUGUCACGAGGUGACGGAGAAUUGCAAGCUUUUUACUGAGAAUGCCUCUGAAAGGUUAAAGCUCAUUGUGAAGGCAUUUUUGGCUGAAGAUAACAAAUCGAGACAGGCAUUGAUCUCUCAAGAGAAGUCCUUGUCUGUCUCAGGAACCAAGCUUCUCCAUAGCAUUAAGUCGAAGCAAGAAAGCAUGCAGUGGGAGAGGUUUCUAGUCAUGUUCUUCAAAUUGUAUUGUACGAAUCCCGGAGAAAGGCUGCAAAAUCUUGAAAGAAUCUUGAGAGGAAUGGAGAUUUCUCUAACCAAUUGCUCUCAAAUUCCAGUUAGAUUAGCAGAUCCAGAGCUGGAAAAUGAUCCAACAAGUAGUGUAGAAGAACAUAUUUCUAAUCAAAUAAAGAGAAUGCCCCCUGUAAUGACAAUUAUCCAAGAAUCUCAAACAGAAAAUGAUAUGAAAUUCCUCCAAAAACUUCAUACCAUUAUCCCAGUGACAGAUAAAGAUUUGCCUUUUUUGUUCUUCUUGUUUUGUUUAAAACUUCUUCAAGGCAAAUCAGCAGCUACUUCCCCAAAAGUUUCUGGCAAACAAGGGUCAAAUGACUCAGAAAAACAGAAAAAAUGGCACUUUGGGGAUAUUUGUAGUAUUCCUAUUCGAAUAAACAAGAGGAGACUGAUGCCAGCUUUCAAAUCCUCACUCUCAUUAGGCUUAGCCGUUCUACUUGGUUUGAUGUAUAGCAAGGAAAAUGGUUUCUGGGCCGGCCUCCCGGUUGCCAUAAGCCUUGCAUCAGGAAGAGAAGCUACAUUUAAACUCGCAAAUGCCAAAGCUCAGGGGACAGUUAUUGGAACUGUCUAUGGUACCAUAUGCUGUUUUAUUUUUGGAAAGUAUAUAAAACUCAGGUUCCUGUCCCUUCUUCCCUGGUUCAUUUUCAGCAAAUUUUUAUGUAAGAGCAAGAUGUAUGGACAGGCUGGUGGAAUUUCGGCAGUUAUAGGUGCAGUACUGAUUUUAGGUAGGGAGAAUUUCGGUCCUCCGAGUGAAUUUGCCAUAGCCAGAAUAGUCGAAACCUUCAUUGGUUUAUCUUGUUCCAUUAUGGUAGAUAUUCUACUUCAACCCACAAGAGCUGCUACUAUGGCUAAAAUUCAACUUUCUACUACUAUUGGAACGCUGCACAAAUGUGUUGGAAUUAUAAGUUUUAGCACUAUUUCCAACUUUGAAGAAGGCCAAAAGCAGUUUAAGUUUCAAGUAAAUGAGCUGGGAAAAAUCAUUGGGGAAGCUGCUGCAGAGCCUAAUUUCUGGUUCUUGCCUUUUAAUAGUGCUUGCUAUGGUAAACUCCUCGAAUCAUUGUCAAAAAUGGUAGACCUCUUGUUUUUCGGGGCUCAAGCCAUCAAAUUGCUAGAACAAGAAUCCAGGAGAAUUGAUAGUACGCAAUGGAAAGAGACUGUUUCUAAGCUAGAUGGUGAUCUGAAGCUUUUCAAAGAAACUGCUGUCUCAGCAAUAAAAUGUCUGGAGGAAAUCAGUUUGAUCAAAUCGCUGGCAGCACUCGACAAGGAGUUCGAAACCAGAAAAGGCUCUCUUGAUCUCGAACUUGGGAAAAGAAGACCAAUCGACCCAUAUGUGGUCCAGUUUUCUUCAUCAAGCGAAGCUGAUUGGACGGUGAAAAAUGUAAAUUCUUUUCUUCGCCAUUCAGACGAACUUCUUAGCCAUAUCAACAUAGGGAAAGACGAGGAAGAGUUCAAGAACCAAGUGAUUUUGAGCUUGGGUGCCCUGGCCUUUUGUAUUAAUAGUAUAGCGAGAGAGACCAAAGAGAUAGAGAAGGUAAUCAAAGAAGUUUUACAGUGGGAGAAUCCCUCAAGCCAAGUAAAUUUGUACGACAUUUUAUGUAAGAUUCAUGCUACAGCAAAUACUGUAACAAUUUGA